UAAACAAGAGAGAAAAAAACAAAAAAGUCGUCGUAACAGUGUGCAAAAGAGAACCUUUUUUCCCUGACGACCUUGUUGACCAGGCAUCUCUAUUUCUUGACAAAUUAUUCAGGAAAACUACUCCCUACCUACUGAUCAAUUCAAAACCCCUUUCUCUCCGAUUUCCAAUCGUUGACCUCCAAAUUCUCGACGUAGUACCUCUUGGAAGCCUUCAUUGCUGCUAUUCUCACCAUAACUCCACAGUUCAAUCAACCCCAGUUGAUUAUUUUAUCAAAAUCCAUUUUCCUCUAUUUGAUGGAGACGAUCACCGCAGAACUCUCCAAACCUAUAUCAAGCUGCUCCUCCAAUUUCAAUUUCCCAGCAGCCACUUCAACAUCCCGCUCCGUGACAAUAAAUGGAUCCCACGAAUUCAAAAUCAAUGGCUACUCCCUAACGAAGGGCAUCGGAAUUGGAAACUCAUUAUCGUCGGAUGCGUUCAUCGCUGGUGGGUACCAGUGGGCAAUCCACUUCUACCCUGACGGACGGGCAGUAGAAGAUCACCCGAGAUACGUGUCCUUGUUCAUAGCCCUCGAAAGCGAGGACAGCGACGUGAGGGCACUGUUUGAGAUCUCGCUGAUUGAUCAGAGUGGGAAAGGACGCAAUGAGGUUCACACCCAGUUCGGUAGAAUAGGAACAAAUCUCGAGAGUGGACCUUACACAAUUAAAUGUCGCGGCAGCAUGUGGGGCUUUAAACGAUUUUUCAGAAGAGAUCUAUUAGAGAAAUCAGAUUAUCUAAAAGACGAUACCUUAGUAAUUCGCUGUCGUGUUGGCGUUGUUGUCACCUACACAGAGGGAGUACCACUGCCAGACCCCGAUAUUGGCCAUAAUUUUGGCAAGUCUUUAGAGAGUGGAAGCAGAAACGAUUCAGAUGUAAAUUUUCAAGUUGAUGGCGAAGAAUUUGCUGCUCAGAAGCUCAAGUAUCAGCACACUCAAUCGGCCGAUUCCUGGUCUUCUUCAAGCGUAGGGAACUGGAAAAAGUUGAAGAGGAUUAACUUCGAAGAAGAAGAAGAAACAACGGAGGAGAGCGACGAUGCAGCUACAAGGAUUUUCAUCUUUGAACCGGAUAGCCGUUAGAGCCCGACCCGGACCACUUCUUGUUCUAUGCUAAAGCCCAAUUUCAGCCCAUUCACGUUCUAAUAAGCAAUAGUAUUCAAAGCCCAUUCCACUUUUCGUCCCAAAAUUUUAUAUUAGAGAUAAUUAUUAUUAUCUUUGUAUUUUUAGAAUUACAUUAAAAUAUCUCUAUAAUGAUAUCCAUUAGUUUUUGUUACUC